AUGUUUUACCCAUUCACGUACAUUUUGGGUUUGAUAUACUUUAUAUCUCUCGUGUUUGGUGACCCUGUCGAACAGAAGCCCAUAAGCAUCAAGUCAACUUUCAAAGAUGUUGAUAAUGGGUUACUGAAGCGUGCUUACCAUCACGAGAGGCCUCUCAUCUACUAUGGCGAUGACCAUCCUCUGGAGUACUACUGGACCAAACCUUAUUAUCCAAGCCCUCUAGGAGGCAGAAUCGAGAACCACUGGCAGAAAGCUUUUGACAAGGCUCGAAAGCUAGUGGACCGCAUGUCCAUCACUGAGAAGGUCAAUUUGACCACAGGUUCAGGUUGGGGAUCAGGGCCUUGUGUGGGAAACACUGGCUCGGUUCCUCGUCUUGGAAUUCCUGGUUUAUGUCUUCAGGACGGGCCCAACGGGGUUCGGUUUACUGACUUCGUUACUCACUUUCCUUCUGGGUUAGCAGCGGCAAGUACCUUUAACAAACACCUCGUCUACAAACGGGCCAGGGCGAUUGGCCGAGAGCACAAGGCGAAGGGCGUUCACGUUGCUCUUGGUCCUUCAAUUGGUCCUAUUGGUCUCAAGGCCAAAGGAGGAAGGAACUGGGAGAGCUUUGGCGCUGAUCCAUACUUACAAGGUAUCAUGGGAGCUGCAACUGUUAAAGGUAUUCAAGAAGAAGGCGUUGUUGCUGUUGCAAAACACUUGGUAGGUAACGAACAAGAGCACUUCAGGCAAGUGGGAGAGUGGGACCAUGAAGAUUACGAGAGACUCGACCUGUCGAUCAGUUCUAAUAUCGGGGAUAGAGCUAUGCACGAGGUAUACUUAUGGCCGUUUGCUGACGUGGUGAAGGCUGGCGUAGGUGGCGUUAUGUGUGGCUAUAAUAUGGUCAAUAACACCUACGCUUGUGAGAAUUCUUACCUUCUUAACUACUUACUCAAGGAAGAGCUUGCUUUUCAAGGGUUUGUCGUCUCGGAUUGGGGAGCUCAGCACUCAGGUGUUACGUCUGCCCUCUCUGGUCUUGAUAUGACCAUGCCUGGUGAAGUGUUCGAUGACUGGCUUGGAGGUAAAGCAUAUUGGGGACCUCUACUUACUAGAGCAGUCUACAAUCAGACAGUACCACAAGAGAGACUCAACGAUAUGGCCAUCCGAAUUCUUGCGCCGUUCUUCUCUUCCAAGUCGCUCUCGCUUCCUUCAGAGGAAGAAGUUCCCAACUUCAGUUCUUGGACUCACCACACUUAUGGUCAACAAUUUCCUUACCAACACUAUGGAGCGAUUGUUCAACAAAAUUGGCACGUAGAUGCUAGAUCUACUAUGAAUGAUGAAAUUGCUCUUGAGGUUGCCAGGGAAGCUGUGGUACUUCUCAAGAAUAAAAAUCGGCACCUUCCGAUCAAUAAAGACGACGGUGUGCGCAGAAUCUUGGUUGCUGGUAUCGCUGGAGGCGUUGAUCCUAAUGGAUUUAAUUGCAGAGAUCAGAAGUGUACUGAUGGUACUCUCAUAUCUGGCUGGGGAUCUGCUGCCGUGAACAAUCCAUGGGUAAUCACAGCUCAGGAAGCGAUUUCAAGAAAGGCUCGUGAAAGAGGUAUUGUUGUUGAUGUUUCUGAAGAUAAUUGGGAUCUUGACAGAACAGAAGAACUCGCAGAUUUUGCAGAUAUGACUAUUGUCGUAGUCAAUUCUGUUUCUGGUGAAGGAUAUAUUGAGGUCGAUUGCAAUUAUGGAGAUAGAAAUAACGUUACGCUUUGGCACAACGGUGACGAAUUAAUCCAAAGGGUUACCGAGCAUUGCCGAAGAGUCGUCGUGGUUGUCAAUUCUGUUGGUCCCGUGAACAUGGAGAAGUGGAUUGAAAACGAUCAUGUUGUUGGCGUGCUCUUUGUCCCUCCAUCUGGCCAAUUCGUUGGAGCAGCUAUUGCUGAAGUCCUCUUUGGAGAAGUCAACCCUUCAGGCAAAUUGCCAUUUACUAUUGCAAGGAAGAAUCUGCAUUAUGUGGAUAUCAGAGACAGCUUAGGAGAUUGUGUUGACCCCCAAGAUAAUUUCGAAAGGGGCAUAUAUCUUGACUAUCGGUUCUUCGAGAAGCAUACCAUAAGGCCUCGUUUUGAAUUCGGUUACGGUUUAUCAUACACCAAGUUUCUGGUUUGCGAUCUUGACAUAUGUGAGAUCAAUCCUCCGUCCGAAUACCUUCCAUGCCCCGCUGACUACAUGCCUCUAUUCAACACCAUCCAGGAUGAUGUCUGUGAUCCAGAAGAUGCACUUUUCCCGCAUGACGAAAUGGAUCCAGUACCAGGCGUCAUCUACCCAUACUUGUACAGCGAAGAUGUGAGAUCCCUCGACGAUGAUGACUGUUAUGACUACCCUAAAGGCUACACUCCUGAUCAAAAUUGUGAAGCGCCCUUGGCUGGAGGACAACCGGGAGGAAACGCCGCAUUGUGGGAUGUCCUCUACAAGGUUUCUGCCAAAGUCACCAAUGAAGGAUCAAUGGCAGGUAAUUACGCUGCCCAGCUCUAUAUCGAGUUCCCCAGUACCAUCGUGGCGUCUCCACCAAAGGUUCUUCGCGGAAUCGACAAGGUGUACUUAGAGCCACAAGAGUGUGGGGAUGUGGAGUUUGAAGUCAAGCACCGUGAUUUGAGUAUUUGGGAUGCCGAUUCUCAGCAAUGGAUCAUCCAAACUGGAACGUACAAGUCGUUAUCUAGGAAGUACGAUGAGUACGUGAGAAACAGAUCUCCACCGCCAUUGAGACAAACAGACGCGGAUAAGACGUUCAGAACACGGAAACUAGAUUCUCCAAUUAAACUUCUAAGAGAGCCAACGUCAUAUGGGAAAAGACUACCUCGAUUGUACCGUGGACUCUCGCCGCCGAAGCGGUCUUGGGAGAAACCAGAAUACCAUGGAGUGACGAAAAAUAGGACUUGGACAGACAAGAAGCAUAAGGUGUCAAGUGGGAGCCUGCAAAAUAGGGAAGGCGUGUUUCUGAAGCUACGAUCAUUUCUAUCGAAGAUGAGCUCGUCAGAAGAUCCAGAUUAUAAGCAGCUAAGUGAAUCAGCUGGUCUAAUACCAUCCCCAGAGAAGAAGAUUGAAGCUUCGAGUAACCGCCCUUCUUUUGAACAGAAUUUGUUCCAUCGCAGAUAUCCAAGUUGGGAUAAAGGUAACGAGAUAGAUGAAGUCGAUGAAGAGGUCAAGAGAGCCAAAGCUCGUGAAGAAGUCAAGCAGCUAAAAGAUAGAAUUCAGGAGUUGGAGCGCUUGCUUGUCGAGAAAGAACAGAACGCGUCUGAGACACAUGCGGAGCUUGAACGAAAGCUAUACAUUGCAUCGCAAGAUAACGAAGCAACAGUUCAUAGCUUGAGGCAAGAGAUUAAGGAUCUCGAGUUCCGUGCGAGUCGGAGAUACAAAGAACUCGGGAGGCAGAAGCUCAAUGAGCUCAGAGAUGAGGUGCUACGUGAAAACGAGUCAUUCCUAAUGCAACAAAAUGCUCGUGAUCAGAAUUUGAGAAGAAGAGAGGAGCACAUUGAAGAGCGUGCUUUAGAGCUCGAGAAGCAAAGGAUAGAUUUGGAGAAACGUGAAAUAGACGUCAAACUGAAAGAGGAGUAUCUCAAGGUUGCUGAAGCACGUCUUAAAGCCAGACAAAAAGAAGCAGCGGCUGAAAAGACAGAAAGCCCUCUUGAAGCUAUCGAAAAGAAACUAAAAGAGAACGAGGCUGAUAUCAAGAAGUUCCGUGAAAUUGUCAACGCCGUCAUUGAGGAUACGAAGGGUUACAGAGAUUACAAUCUCCAGCUUCGGUUACACAAUCUUCUUCCCGAGCCAGGCUCUUUAAAGGAGAAGCCUGGUCUUGGAAAAUGGGACGCCCUAUUCGAAGACUACAACGAUUAUUUCAAAGCCUUCCAUAAUGAAGUUGACGAACAGAAGAAGGCAGAGAACUACAACCCAGCCUCGCUCCAAAAGAUCGAAUCAAACUUUCAGCAACUACAAAAAGAGUUCAAGGAGAAGAUGGACAAGCGUGGGUACAAAAUUUCACAGCUAGAUUCGCAGAUCAAACGCAGUUGGGUGAAGCGGUACGACUUUGACAUCGUGAAAGCAGAAAGAAUCUCACAAUAUCUCAAAACACGAACAAGUCUUUGCCACAAACAAAAGAACAACGGCCAAAUUCUUCAAAAACUUUCGUCACUCGACGAGUCUCUUAAAUCUAUUCAGGUUGCUUUGACGUUCGAAAGUAACGUCUCAUAUCCACCUCACGCCUAG